UUUACAAACCAACCAUUCGUGUGAUGGCGAUUCCUCUACCUUUCCAAUCCCUAGACAUCGUCUUUGUUCGGUUAAAGCUUGUUGUUUUACUUCAUUCUGACUUGGAACAAUUGAAGAGAUCUAAGCUCUACUGUCUUCAUCUUCAUCUUCUUCUUCCUCUGCUCUUGUCUUUGCUGGUUUUGUCUCCUUCCAUCUCCUUUGCUGCUACAAACCCUGAUGAUGUUGCUGCAGUGAACGGCUUAUUCGCUGCGCUUGGUUCACCUGGCCUCUCUCGUUGGGUUGCUGCUGCUGGAGACCCAUGUGGUGCUUGGCAGGGCAUUCUCUGCAAUGGCUCUGAUAUUAUAAGCAUAACUCUAAAUGACGCCAAUUUGGAGGGGAGCUUGGUGGAAACCAACUUAGAUAGGCUCCAUUCUAUCAGGACAAUAGACUUCACCAACAAUCAUAUAGGAGGAAGCAUACCUUCUAGUUUGCCGGUUACAUUACAGCAAUUUUCUCUUGCAUCUAAUCAGUUCACUGGAACCAUCCCUGAAUCUCUAGGAACACUGAGUUCUCUGACUGACAUGUUUUUGAAUAAUAACAGUCUCUCAGGAGAGCUACCUGAUGUGUUCCAAAACUUUGCUAGCCUGAUUAAUCUAGAUAUAUCAGCUAACAAUCUAAGCGGCAUGUUGCCUCCUUCAAUGGGGAGUUUGUUAGCUCUUACAACAUUACAUGUUCAGAACAAUCAGCUGUCAGGAACUCUAGACGUUCUUCAAGACCUUCCUCUUAAUGACUUAAACGUAGAGAAUAAUCUCUUCUCUGGAGCCAUACCAGAGAAACUACUAAACAUUCAGACAUUCCUGAAGGAAGGAAACAUGUUCAAUUCAACCACAGUUGUUGCACCAUCAUUGUCUCCCUCUGUGUCUCCAACAAAACCUACUCCUAGGCGACCUUUUUUUGGAGUUCCACCACCUCCUCCACCUGGGAGGAACCGAGGGAAAGCUCCUGAUGGACCUCCUGCUCCUGAUGGUUCUAGCUCUUCACAUACUAAACGGAUAGUCCUCAUAGCACUCGGUGGCGUCAUCCUCUUCAUCAUCCUUGUUCUGGCCUUACUCUUGCUCUUGCCAAAAUGUGCAAGACGAAGAAGGCAAGAAGAUUCUAUUAGAGUCUCUAAACGGCAUCAAGUUGGUGCUGACAGAGGAAACAGAGAGAGUCCUCUGGAGAACAUGCCUCCUGUGCUGCCACCACCUGUUCGGUCUGAGAAAGUACCCUUCACGAAAGCUGGACAAGAACCAAAGGUUUUUCAUGACCUUGAGCGGUUGCAAAGACCUCUUCCUCCUCCUCCACAGCCUAUAGCAAGACAAGAGAGUCAAGAUAUUGACUUUUCAAUGUUGAUGCCUCCACCACCUCCUCCUCCACCUCCACCACCACCUCCUCCGUUGGCUGAGAAGGUCACAGUUAUGCCCAUUAAGUCUCCAGAGAGACCCUUCAAGAAGCCUUCCCCUAAAACACGCUUACCUGUAACUUCCGUGAAGCACUAUUCAAUUGCAUCUCUUCAACAAUACACAGAAAGCUUCUCUCAGGAGAAUCUCCUUGGCUCAGGCAUGCUUGGGAGUGUUUACAGAGCUCGUCUUCCCAAUGGAAAGAUGUUGGCUGUCAAGAAGCUGGACAAGAGGGCAUCUGAACAACAACAAGAUCAUGAGUUCAUCCAACUAGUGAACGAUAUAGAUAUGAUACGCCACGCCAACAUCGUUGAACUUGUUGGCUACUGUGCUGAGCAUGAUCAAAGACUAUUGAUCUACGAGUACUGCAGUAACGGUACGUUGCAAGACGGUUUGCAUUCAGAAGAUGAGUUCAAGAAGAAACUCUCGUGGAAUACACGUAUCAGAAUGGCACUUGGAGCUGCUAGGGCCCUUGAGUACUUGCAUGAGGUUUGUGACCCACCAAUCAUACACAGAAGCUUCAAAUCAGCUAAUGUCCUAUUAGACGAUGAUCUGAGUGUUCUUGUCUCGGAUUGUGGUUUGGCACCAUUGAUAUCAUCAGGCUCUGUGAGUCAGUUGUCAGGACAGUUGCUUGCGGCUUACGGAUAUGGAGCUCCAGAGUUUGACUCAGGAGUCUAUACAUGGCAGAGUGAUGUGUACAGUUUUGGUGUUGUUAUGUUAGAACUCUUGACUGGUAGAAUGUCCUACGACAGGGACCGGACUAGAGCAGAGCAGUUCUUGGUGAGGUGGGCAAUCCCUCAGCUUCAUGAUAUUGAUGCAUUGGGCAAAAUGGUUGAUCCAUCUCUUAACAGACAGUACCCUGCAAAGUCAUUGUCACACUUUGCUGAUAUAAUCUCCCGGUGUGUUCAGUCUGAACCAGAGUUUAGACCAUUGAUGUCUGAAGUAGUGCAAGAUCUUCUAGAUAUGAUCAGAAGAGAGCGUCAUGGUUCCGGGGAGCCUAGCGUAGACUAGUGAAUUGUAAAGAAACAUUUAUCUCGAUGAUCUCUGUGAACUUGCUGAAACAAGAGAGAUGUUUAGUUCUCAGAAACAACAACAACAAAAGGGAGCAAAUACAUAAAAUGAGUCAUAAUCAUGAGGAAGCUUAUUCUGCAGCUAUAAAGAGCUGGAGCUUGCUUCAUGUAAAUUGGCUCAAGGGAAAGAUCAGUGAGCUUGCUUCCAAUCUCAGAUGAUUUGAAUGGUAGGGAGCUUGUUUUUUCUCUCUUUCUUUUGUGAAUUUCUAGAUUAUCCCUGUUUGUUGAAGACCUCCUCUAGUAUAAAUUGUGUGUUUACUUGAUUCUUUGAACCUGUGUGUACUUAAGAAAAUAUAUAAUAAUUUGCUUUGUGUUUGCGUUCU